AUGGUUGUUUUUGUUAAUCCAGCCAUAUUGGAAGGGGCGCGCGCCGUGGCGAGGCAGGUCGCCGAAACUGCUAACCCGGGCUGCAGGAUCAUUGUGGGCGUCAAGUACUGCUUUCGAUACAAUGCUCGAACUCGUCAAAUGCGCCUAGCGGAGGAGGGCGACCAGAUUAACCUGGAGGCCAUGCCUCGGCCGCACCGACGCCGUCGUGAGAAGAAACUAAUGACAAUAGACGAAGUCAACGAGAAAUUCCCCAUGCUCAAGUACAAAACUUGGGUCGCAAGUCGAGCGCGGGAUGGUCUACCCACCAGCGGUGGCGUUUCAGCGCCCAGCCGACCGAAUAGUAUUCAUGACGCGGACGCUAUCUCUCGAGAGUUGCCGAACAAGGAGCGUAUGUCGACCGAGGGCCGGCCAACGACAAGCCAAGUCGAACCUGCUGAUCGGGAUCCGAAAACUCCACAACAUGAAGCCAAGGAGAGCACCUCCAGCACUGUGCCUUUGACCCAUGCUGUCUCAGAAGCAACGACGCCACCGAAGGAAGCACGGGUUUCGCACGACGAGGGCGAAGAGGAGGAGGAUCCGAUUGACGCCGCAUUGCCGCCGGAGUGCGAGGGCACCUCUGGCGACACCUGUGCUAUUUGCAUUGACACCUUGGAAGACGACGACGACGUGCGUGGGUUGACUUGUGGACAUGCUUUCCACGCGGCAUGCCUUGACCCAUGGUUGACGAGCAGGCGAGCAUGCUGUCCGUUGUGCAAGGCCGAUUACUACACUCCUAAGCCACGCGCAGCCGGCGAACCAGUCGAUGGCCAGCCUGGCGUGAUUCAUGUCACUUUAUCCAACGACCCACGAUCCAAUCGUAUGAACCUGCCAAACAGACCGAGACGUGCUUUGUUCGGCCUGGGUCGUCCAGCAAGGACGGUGUAUGUGGUGUCCAGCAAUGAUCAACGAGGGUCUCGGCGGCGUCAUGGUGAGCGAAGACGGGACAAUAACGGUGCUUCUAGUCAACCCGGCUCUUCACCCCAAGCUUCUUCGGAUCGUGCCGAGGGCGGGAGUGUGUUUGCAAAUCUUAGGGCUGCAUUCCCCCACUUUCGUCGCAGCAACGGGGGGCACAUCGCGGACGCAAAUUCCAACCCAACUAUGACGCCUGCUAAUCUUGAAGCGGGAGUCCGACCUGCGGCGAAUUAAGUCCGGCGACACGAAUUUGAAAGACUGGUGACUACGCCGCUCUGUGCGAAGCUGAUAUCUACACCGAUAUCCGUCUGCUUUACCUGCCGCAUCUCGAGUUUUACAUUAUCCGUUGCCGAUGUCCAUUGGUAGUAUCAACCGAGAAAUGAAGUGGUGUUGCUGCGGGGAGCACCUCUGCCCUCCAGCAGCAACCAGCGAUCGGGUUGGAUUUAUGCAUAAGGGACGAAACUGAAAGGACGAUGCACGAUGAACGACGCUGCCGGUUCGAGCAGAAUGUUACAUACGAUCUUUUCGUAUGACAAUCAUGGUUUGCAAAUUUGGCAAAGCGAGCAGGUCAGUGCGCAAGAUGCAUAGCAGUGUGUAUUGGUCUCGGUGCAUAUAAGGUCGGUUGGCCGGAAUGUGGUGCUCCACGAUGGGCGUGUGUGGCUUUGGUUGUUAUUGAUGGGAAGGGAUGGGAUAGCAUGGAGUUUAUUGGGAUGGAAUCUUGGUUUAUUUUGUACAUUGGAUGAUAUUGGAGACCUCACCUCAUUGUUGAGCGGACAUUUUGAUUAUAAAUUGACUACGGCACCUUUCAUGGACAUGCGCACCUGGAAAUUUUGGAGAAAUAGGGACGAGUGAAUGGAGCCAGAUUCAGCCGGCUUGAGUGUAAUGAAGAUGCGAUGAAUCAUUCCGAGUCAAUCCGAAGCUUUCUGUGUUGUCACGGAUUUCGUUCAGUUAUUCGUGAUACAUUUUAAAAUGUACAGAAAGUUCGCGCCUCAUUCUAGGCGUUUUCUUUCUUGAACUCAUCCAGAGGCACGUCACACUACGGGAAGCUCGUUGGCACUGAGAGGACAACAAAUAACCAAGCAAAGUCCCAAACCAGCCCUUGCUGUCCGAGUUCCUCAUAG